AUGAGAAAAAAAUCUUUAUAUUUUUGUGUGGUGUUGUUGUAUAUAUUGGGGGUUUGUGAUUCCAGAAGAUCUGGUGGAGGUUCAAGGCAUUCCUCAUCAUCUUAUUCUCGACCUUCUCCUUCCCGCCCUUCUUAUCAUUCCCCCUCCCGCCCUUCUUACUCUUCUCCUUCCCACCCCUCCCCUUCCCGGCCUUCUUACUCUUUUCCUUCCCACCCUUCUCCUUCCCUCCCUUCUUACUCUUCUCCUUCCCGCCCUUCCUACCCUUCUUUCUCUUCUCCUUCCCGCCCUUCUUACUCUUCUCCUUCUUACUCUUCUCCUUCCCGCCCUUCUUACUCUCCUCCUUCCCGCCCUUCCCAUCCUUACCCCUCUCUUCCUUCUCCCGCUCGUCCAUCAGCAAAACCUGCUGGACCCAACGUAGGAUGGCACCCGGCAGGCCCAUCGGUAUCUAAACCUGGCUUAAGACCUUCUUACCCAUCUUAUCCAUCUCCAUCGUCAAAUGCAAAGCCAGCACCAAAAGGACCUCCACUAAAUUCUAAACCUUUACACAAUUCGGGCAAAACUCACGGCAGCAUUUUAACAUCUCAGAAAAAACCAACCUUGGGAAGUGCACCACAAGGCCCUCCUAAACCAAGUUACACUCAAGGAACAUUCCAAGGACCUCCAUCAUAUCCGCCUGCAUAUCCGGGUCACGGAUAUCCUCCACCAGCCUAUCCAGGUCACGGAUACCCUCCACCAGCAUAUCCAGGUCACGGAUAUCCCCCACCAGCCUAUCCAGGCCACUAUCCGCCCAGUCAUAAUGCUGGAAGCAACGUUAUAAUCAAUAAUAACAACAUCGUGCAUAGUCCAUCACCAAGUUGGAGCUACGGAUACCCGAGUUAUCACUACCACAACUCGGAUACCGGAAGCACAAGUUUAGGCUUCUAUUUGGGAUAUACCUUAGGUAGAGUAAGAAACCCGACGUAUUACUAUUUCCAUAACUCCUAUGAUGGAUACAGGCCAAGGUAUGACCACUAUACCGUCCACCACUAUUACCACAACAACAACGAAAGAAUCAUAGAAAGGGAACGGAUCAUAGAACCAAACACUGUGGUAGGUUGUGUUGGUGAUAGUGGAAGCAUUUGCCCAGCUAACACAAGAUCCUUAUGUACGGAACAAGGAGUUAUAAUGUGUGUGGCCAGUAUAUCCGCCACAGUACCUUGCAAAGACGAAAAAGAUACCAACUGUGUUACAAGCACGAUACCUUGCGUAAAUUCUAAAGAUCCAAGAUGCAAGAACAAUCCUCAGAAUGCUACCACGGUAAGCAUUCCCUGUAUAUCCACCGCGAAAAUAAAUGGCACUGUGACUUACGUGAAUAACACCAUCAUUGUCGAGAAUUUUAAUUCAAGCAGGCCGUCCAGAAGCGUUGUUGAUAAUGCUACAGAAUAUCCAACUACAACUGAUGCAAUACCAAUAACUACCACAACCAAUACAACACCAACAACAACGAUUGAUUUAAUGACUACAUACCCGAGCCCCACUACAAAUAUUACACAAUCUACAACACCAACCACAACAAUUCCAAAUUCAACAACCAGUGUACCUAUAACUUCAUCCACCACCACUCAAUUAACUACAACCCCGUUGCCUAAAGUCAAGUCAAAGAUGACAAAAAAUAAGCAUGUGAAACCUCAAGAACCACAAAAUUACUGCGUUACGAUCAUGGCAGUUCCUAAUGAAAGAAAACCAACGAAAGGAGAGGAAUUGUUUGAUCAAGUUGAAAAUUUUGUAGAAGAUUUUUUGGUAAAAUCGUUUGGUUUAUAA